GAUGGAUACUUUGGUGGUAGGGUUUGAAUGCAUGAAUUUCCAGGUUGCAGAGAAGCCGCGCUGAGUACAAAGUGCGGUAUUGUUGCACUCUUGGAUAGUCGGGUGCCGUAAAUCGAAAAGAAAGGCUAUCUGGUUCACACAGCGUUGAGCUCAGCCGAAAAGUUUGUGUGCGUAAAGCUUGUGUUUGUUGCUGCUGGCUGACUUCAAUAUUUUUGGACGAUACUAAGAAAAAUUUUAGACGCGGUUAUUAAUUUCAUAAUAUUUAAUAAUAAUAAUAAUCAUAAUUAUGGAAACAGAAGAAUUGGAGAAGGAACUUAUUCAAUCGAUGCGACCUAACUUAACAGAAUUAUUACGUAUAUGGAAUUAUGUUGGCUUCAAUAAAUUAGAACGUUCAGAGCGUAUACAACAAUUUGUCCAAAAAUUACAAACAGUUCUAUGUGAAGUAAUUAAAGAAGAGAAUUCAGCACGAUUAGCUAUGGAACAGAAAAUUGAAUUAAGACGUCGUGAAAUAGCUGAUAUGUGUCAACAAUUAGGCUUGGCACCAUUUCUACCUGAACGUGGACUUACUUCAAGUGAAUUGAUGCAAUCAUUAAAUGAUAAAGCUGAAGAGCUUGUUCAACAGAAAAGUGCUCGUUGUGAACGUUACUUUUGGUUAAGAUCAAAAAUAUUACGAUUGAAUAAUUUACUUGGUGAUGGGGAUCAUCUGAGUGAGAUUACAAAACAAAACCUUGACACCGAUUUUCAUACUACAUUUCCACCAAUUACUAAAUUUACUAAUCAAUCAAAUGGUAUAGACCCUAAUGAUAGUAAUAUUGAUGAUAAUAAUAAUAACAACAACAAUUCUAGUGAACCAGAAAAAUUUGAUCCUUCAAUAAUUUCGUCUAUUCAAACAUUACCAGAUCAAGAAAGUAUUGAAAAGUUAACAAAACUUCAUGAUGAAUUAAAUUCUGUGUAUACACCAUUAGCUGCUCAACACGCCGCACUUCGUGAGGAUAUAGCUCGUGUUGCUGCUGAUAUUCUCUACCAGCCACAAUCAGAUAAAGAAGUGGAAAUAUUGAAAAUAGUUGGGUUAAAACAUUUAUGCAAAAAUGGUAAUGUCUGUUCAACGCCUGGUGUAGUUCGACGAGCUAGUGUUACACCAACACCGACGUCUACAUCAAAUGAUGAAAAUAUUGAUACAAGUACAAAAUAUUUAAACAGUGAUGGUGUCUAUGAACCGGUUGUAAAUAAAGAAGUACUCAGAUGGUUAACUGAUUGGCGUCUAAGACUUGUCAAGGAGAAAGCUCGUUUAGUCGGCACCUGUGAAGAAUUAAGAGCUUAUCUAUUACAAAUGUGGAGGAGACUAGAUAAACCCGAGUCAGAACAAAAAGAAUUUCUUGAUGCACAUUCUGGUUAUAAACCUGAGGAUUUAGAAGCACUUCAGGAGGAAGUUGAUCGGUGUCAACAAUUGAAAUGGGAAAAUAUGCAAACCUAUUUAACGCGUUUAGAAAGUGAAGCACUUCGAUUAGCUAAUCUUUGUUGUGUUGAUGAAAAGAUUGUUCAAUUACCGAAUGGUUGUGAUAAACGUGAUCCUGAAGUUUUAGUAAAUCACUUAGAGACUGUAUUAGAACAAUUAAAUCAAACCUAUUCAUUAUAUCGUCCUGUAUAUGAAUGUAUUGCUGUCUAUGAAAAUUGUUGGAAACAAUUAAUUGAUGUAGAAGCACGUCUUAAAGAUCCAUCAAUAUUUUUAAAUCGUGGCGGUAUAUUAUUAAAAACUGAAAAAGAGAAAAAACGUUUAUUAAAAGAAAUUGAACGUACUGAAAAAGAAGCCUUAUCAGCUAUUGAACAAUAUGAAGUGAAAAGUUCAUCAAAUUUUCUCCUGUCUAAUGGUAAAACAUUUACUGAACAUAUUAAUGAAAGAUGGAAUAAUUAUAAAACACUUAAAGAAACAUCAAAAUCACGUCGUUCAAUUAUUCCAAACAAUAGUAAUUCAACUGUUAACAAUAAUAGUAAUAAUUCUGGUAGUACAACUCGUCCAACUUCAGCUAAUUUAAUGGGAUCACCUGUAGCUCAUACAUAGUUAAUUAAUAAUGUUUACAUAUCGUAGUUUCCUACUCACAUUAUUGAUCAUUGAACAAACAACAAAAAAGAAUACCCGCCAACUUUAAUUUCGAACUGUACAUACUUAAAUGUGUAUACGUGUAACUAAACUUUCAUUUCAAUUUUUAGGCUGUGAAAUAAUAUUUGAUCAUCAAAGACAAACCACAACAAUACAAUGGAUAUGAAUGUGAAUGAAUCCAUUGUUCAAUAUUUAUAAAUUCCUUUUUUUGUUUAAUUAUUCUAAUUGUCUUACGCUUACUUUCUGUCCUUGUUAGUCAUUUUAAUUUCAUUGGUUAAUAUUUAUUUAUAUAUAUCUUAGUCCUUGAAAAAUAAUCAAUAAUUUCACUAUCACAAGUCACUUAACUUGCUAAUGUGAUAAUUUUUUUUUUGAACUUAAAUAUAUUACGCUGCCUUUUACAACAAACGGAGAAACAACCAUCGUCAUCAUCAACAAGAACAGCAUUAUUUACCUCAUUUUGUUUUAUUUUACUUGUCCUGACGUAUACUACUAAUAUACUACUGUUACUACUACUAUAAUUACUUACGAAAAAUAUGCAAACAAAAGAUUCUUCACAUUAUGUUCACAUAGUCAUGGUGUUAUUGGGUAUAAACAACAUGUUUAUUUCUAUCAGUGUGUGUGUGCAUGUGUAUGUAAUUGAGUGCAUCCGUGCAUGCUUACGUCUGUUUAUGUAUGUGUGCGAAAAGUAUUGUGCAAUAUAUAAAUUUUGUUUUCCUCUGUUUUCAAUAAUAUCACUAUCUAUUUAUAUUUUGAUCAUUAAUUAUAAGAAAAUCCUUUCUGUGUUCUUUCUUUGGUCCGUCCGUCCGUCCGUUUGUUUGUUUGUUCGUUCAUUGGCUUCGGUUUUUCUCAGUUGUUAUUUCUUUCAUUCAUGUAGUAGUAAUCGCAGAUGUGUUGUCUUUUUUCUCUCAAUAGCCUAAUCAUUUAUCUAUCUGCAGUGAAUUUAUUGGUUUACCCGCUCAUUUUGUUUUUGUCUUUUGAGAAACAACUCGGUAUUUGUAUACUGCUUUCUG